AUUUAAUGUAAUGUGAUCAACUAAAAUGCAUUCAUGUAAUAUUUGAUGCAUCCUUGUAGCGAGGAGUUGCCACUGAUUUACUGACGACCGCCACAGACUUACCAUUGCUUGCCACUGCCACAAGGGGGAUCUCUUCUUCUUAUUUUGGUUUUAUGGCAGUUGACGUCCAUGUUUUUGGUGCAUAACUGCCAAAGGAGGAUCACUGCCCUGCUGCACUUAUAUUGACCGAGAGACAUUUGAAAUCAAGAGUACAUGCAUCAUUCGGUUUAUUUGUUGGAAAGCUGCUUCAGCAUUCACGUUGACCAGAGGAAUCUGCUCUGUGCACUCUGACUCUCUUUACACAAAGAAUCCUCGAGGAUGAGGGAGAUGAAGCUGACUUCAGCUUUUAGCUUUCAGCAUUCCAACGCAGGUUUUGCAGGUGUGAGGAUGCUAAGACCGAGUGAAUCCUGGAAUUAGGAGGAAGGAAAGCGAGACGAGAACUGAAGAUCGCUAUAACUGCUAUGGCUCCAUCUGCCGAUGGAGUUAGGAACCCCACUCCGAGCAUUCCCCUCACACCUGAAACCCAUCCGGGUAUGACGACCUGAGGGACUUCAUAAAGGUGGGAGACACACCAUUGAGAGAAAGACGAGCUGCAGGUUGGGCCCGAUGCAGAAGACCAGACCAAUACAGGAGGAUUCCCGGAGACCGGAGGGACUGAGAGUUUUACCGGCGAAGAUCGACCGAAGCCUAAGUUACACGUUUUUGACUACUGUUUUCUGUUUAAACCGAAGGACGUGAAUUAAACCUUUGUUUACAUUUUGAACCUGGUGUCCUCGCACUACUUGAACUACCCCGGUGAGAGCGGCGCUGGCUCUCAUGACAUCACAUUUGGUGGAGGAUGCAGGUCUUGUUCAACGGAAUUAGUGCAUGUCAGAGGAGGACACCGAAAGUUUGAUUCAACACUUUUCCAGAUUAACCGUGGGCCCCCCACCUAACCAAAUGGAAGACAUAUUGAAAACCCUUAUUGCUGCCCAGCAAGCCCAGAUGCAAACAUAUUUGGCUCUUGGAAGAAGAAAAGAAAGCCAACCUUCUGAAGGCAGAGGAAUUACAACUGCAGAAACCGAUGGCCGACCGGAAUGUACGCCCAAUAAAUGCAAGUAACUAUUUAUCCAAGAUGGGUGCCAUGGACGGGAGUCACUGAAUGCUGUUCCGGACCUGACCAGGCGACUGACUAUGACGUCCUGAAGACUGAGCUCUGGAGCAGGAAUGGCAUCACCAAGUUUGGUAUGGUCCAGCUCUUCCACAGCUGGACCUUCCAACCCGAUCAACCUCCUCGUGCGCUGAUGCUCGAGCUUGUCCGGAUCACGCGGAAAUGGCUGGAACCACGGAGGAAUACAGCGCCUGCAGUAGUAGAGGCUGUGGUGGUGGAUAGAUACUUGUGGGCCCUGCCUUAUGAGGCGAAGCGGUUCCUCAGUCAACAGGCCUUGACCACGGCCGAUCUAACUGUGGAAGCGGUGGAAAAAUAUCAAGCCACAACAGAGAUGCUUCGGGACUCCAGAAAAGAAUCCAGGAGCGCGGCCCUACCACGGACUGAAGGAACCCGUCCCAAGGUUACCAACCAAGCCUCUUCAGGAGCCCCAGGGGGAGCCAGAAACUCGCUGGGUCCAAAGACAAUACACCAGGAAAGGGAAACCCGACAGUGUUACCGGUGUGGGGGAGUGGGACACCUCUCCUGGCAGUGUGGGACGCAGGCGGACGAGCCUAUGCCCACGGCUGAGUCAUCCAGCUCACCACCCGUCCCCCGGUUUGCCUCACUCAUAGGACUUAUAGAUUCCCCCCCGGAUCGACCUCCCACCUGCCCGGUGACUGUGAAUCACCAGGACGUGGAGGCUUUGCUAGAUUCGGGCAGCCGGGCUACCCUGGUGCGAAAGGACCUGGUAGGUCCAUGUGAUUUGACCCCAGGAAAGUACUUCCUGUGUCCAUUGAGACACUAGGGACUACCCCAUCGUAGAACUCUUGAUUCCUUGCCUGUGGGGCUCUACCAGUAUACCCGGCUCCCCUUUGGUCUCCACGGAGCACCGGCCACGUUCCAGCGCUUGAUGGACCGGGUCCUUGCUCCCCAAAAGAGGUACACGGCCGCAUAUUUGGACCUCCUAUUUAAACCUUUAUAGGGUAAUCGUUUCCUCAUAACACCCACAGUGAACAUCAGAAGUGAAGUUAGCAGUCUCCAAAAUUAUGACAUGCGGAACAAGAAGAUGCGUUUGUUUACUUGGUAUUUCAGGCAUUCUUCUUUUAACCACAAGCUGUUGUCUAUCUUGAUAACCGUUAAUCUUACCGAUGACACAUUCAGAACAUCACAGAAAUAUUUUGUUUAUUUUUGUAGUUCUGCUUUCGGUGAAGAGGCAGAACAAACUAACGUUUGUGCGACUCGCUGCAGAUUCAACCACCAGUAGACAGACAUGCUAUUUGUCUUCAGUUGAUUUAUUGAGAAGAAUAUGUUCUUAAUUGUUUUUCUGACUGUUAACGAAAUGUAUGGUUUAAUAUUUUUAAGGACUUGAAUACAAUGCCACAGAUAUUUUUUUUUUCUCUUGCAUAAUCCAGCGUGAGCUGUGUUAUUGUUGAGGAGAACCAGACUGGUUUUCUAUUUUAGUGUGUUUCCUGUUGUCGUUGUACCCCCAACCUUCUAUUACUUCAGCUACUCAUAAACAAUAUUGAUGCACCACCA